CUGCCAGCCCGCCAAGCCCCAGACCUGGGAGGGGAGGCCCCUCCUGUUAGCCCAGAGGGGAAGAAAGAACUGGGGCGAUCCGGUGGGGAGGCCAUGGCCACAAUGCUUAACUGCAUGCAGCUCACCCGGCGCUGGUCUUAAGCCCAGCGCUCUGACUUACACUGCUCGGCUCCCGGAAAUUCCAAGGAAUCCGGUGGCUUUGGUUCUUCGGGGGAACAGAGUGCGACAUGGGAAAGAAAACCAAGCGGACAGCUGACAGUUCUUCUUCAGAGGAUGAGGAAGAGUACGUCGUGGAGAAGGUGCUAGACAGGCGUGUGGUCAAGGGGCAGGUGGAGUAUCUGCUCAAGUGGAAAGGCUUUACUGAGGAGCACAAUACCUGGGAACCUGAGAAAAACCUGGAUUGCCCGGAGCUAAUUUCUGAGUUUAUGAAAAAGUAUAAGAAGAUGAAGGAGGGAGAAAAUAACAAGCCCAGGGAGAAGUCAGAAAAUAACAAGCGGAAAUCCAAUUUCUCCAACAGUGCUGAUGAUAUCAAGUCCAAGAAAAAGAGAGAGCAAAGCAAUGACAUUGCAAGGGGCUUCGAGAGAGGACUGGAACCAGAGAAGAUCAUCGGGGCAACAGACUCGUGCGGUGAUUUAAUGUUUCUAAUGAAAUGGAAAGACACAGAUGAAGCUGACCUGGUUCUGGCAAAAGAAGCAAAUGUCAAAUGUCCACAGAUUGUGAUAGCGUUUUAUGAAGAGAGACUGACGUGGCAUGCAUACCCUGAGGAUGCAGAAAACAAAGAGAAAGAAACAGCAAAGAGCUAAAAGGGGCGGGGGAUGCUGUCGUUUCUCUUUGUAUAUAAUACAUUUACCUUCCUGCCUCCUCUCCCUUCUCCCCACCCCCUUCUACCCUAAACACAUCCAUAAAAAAUGUGCUUAUCACUGUGUUCCACAGGAGAAAUGUUGGUAUUGGUUCUCUUGUAAAAUAACUGAUGGUCUGACCCAUGAUAAGUGUCUCUCCGUGAAGACCAGGCAUCUACAUGCUGUAUGUAAUCCCCCCCCAGUUUUUUUCUUCUGCCCCGAUACCUCUCCCUUCUGCUCUCCUGUGACCUCUAACUUUUUACUCACUUUCAAGUCUUGAUCUUUUCAGAAUCGGUCACUUUUUAGAUUGGGAGAUUUUGUUACAGUGAUGAUGAAUUUGGUUCCUUGAGUUUGGUUCUUAGAACACGUUGACGACCUGCUGGCCUUUGUUUUAGAUCGUGGGGACGGAAAAGAUGCUGCCCAUCUUUUCCCAAAGCCAAUAGCAACCGCCUGCUUGUUGGGGCGCCCAGCCUCAUGCCGCCCUCUCCCCCGAGGAUGCUGGGUUUCUGAACUUGUCUUCUGAGCGGCCCUGUUCCCCCUCAGCUGGCCUUCCAGAGGAGCUCUGGCCUUCGGAGGGUUUGCAGUGUCGCGCCACGGUUGGUCCAGGCACCUCCCGGGCUCCUGGCCUCGUGCAUCAGCAAUCCCUGAUUCUGCAUUUUCAAGGUGGUGCGAGUCCGUCAUAAACUGACAUGAGUCUUGACGGUGGGAGACUUUGGGCUCUGAGUACGUGGGGAGGGGGGAGGGGACAGUUGUCUUUAUUAUCACAUGUGGUAUAUAUGUAUUAUUUCCUUCUAUGCCUCAUAUUUGGACUCUGUGUAGGUAUGAGUGACUGCCUGGUGCUUGCUUGUGCCAAGGUGCUAGGCACCCCCCAGCCCUGCCAACUCUUGUGGCCUCCCAAAGCGUUCCUGUUACCAAAGAGGCUUCCGACCCGACCCUCACUUCUCAGUGGCCCUGUUUCCCUCCGUGCCGUUGUUUCCAGUGGGGAACUGUUGGCCACCACACUUGUCACCCAUUCCCUGCCCUGUUGACGCCUGGAUUUGCCACCAGGAGCCUCACAGUAUUACUGCUCUUUCUUUUUUUUUUUCUCUACCCCCCAAACUCUGGUUUGUGGCGGGGGGUUUUUUGGUUUGUUCUUGUUUCUUAAUGCAUUUCUGUGGAAGGCAUCACCUCGGAGAGUGACAGGCCCUGGCACUAGCGUGUUGACACAGCCUCUCUCCCUACUUGGCAGAGUAAUUCCCUUUGUUUUCCACUUGUUUUGCCAUAGGAGAGACUGUUUUUUUUCUUAUCCCAUCUGACUUUUGUUCCUCAACAGACAUCCUACUUUCCUUUACCCCCUUGUAGUCAGGGGGCUGGAGGGGGCAGGGGGGAGGGGGUGGCACUGGAGAAGGUGGAAAGUAAGGGAAUAACAAGGUGUUGAGUAUGUCUUUAUCCCAGCCCAAAGCUGAGAAAUAAGAAUUGAUGCUUGAAAUAGCCUUAACUCUAGAAUUCACCAGCCACUGAAGUUGUGUUCUUGUUAACUUUGGAUGUUUGAAAUGAGCUGUCUGGUCGGGAGCACUCAGCCAUUUCUGGGCUAUUCAGAAGAGUGAGAGGAAUAGAUGGAUUGCUCCAGUCCGCAGAUGAGCCAAAUAAUAUGCAAAUUAUAUACCCAUUCAUAGCAUUUGCUAACCCUGCUUCCUCGCUCAGCUGCUGAUUGAAUUCUGCGUGCUUGUGUAAAUUAUGUCAGAAAUUAUGGUGCGCGGUUGAGAAGACAGCUGUUGCCGCAGUGACAUGACAGGCUGGAACAAUGGAGCUUUGGGUUUAAGUCACCCAGGAAAAUCCUUCUGAAUGGUGAUGUGAUUGGGUGAGAACUCAGAGCCCGUAUCUGCAGUGGAUGGGAGUUUUAGCUCCAUCUUCCUUUCCUCUCUGUAGGACCUAAAGGUCAAGUGCAGGGUGAUCGACCGCUCCUCGUGCUCCAUCUGAUGGGCGAUUCAAAGAGAAGCAGGGUGAUCAGGAAAGAGAUCAGUCUUGGGGUACCCAAGGAUCUCAGUUGGGGUGAGCAAGCACAGAGGCCCCGAGUAGGGAGCUGCGUCUCUCACAUUGCAGGUGGAGGGGGGAUGACCACGCAGUCUGGGUCCCCCAAAGCCGUGGGGAUAGCGGCUAACAGUGGUCCUGAUUUUUUAAAUCAAUCGCUAGCAUGUGCACAAAGAGCAAAGCAAAGAGCAAAAUUGAGAAACCUGGGCCCCCUGGCAGCUGGAAUUCUUGGUAAGAUUACAGAAGCGUCUCUUCGGAACCUUGUUUCUGACCUAGAGUAAACCCUGGUGUCAUCUAAUUCCCAGCACCUCUGUAGUACCUUGCUUUGUCUUUCCUUGUUUGCUUGGCCCAGUGGGUUGAGUCUUACUCUGAGCACCGUCAUGGCAUCUUGCAUUCGCUCCCUGUGUACUCUUGGCUGCUGCUUCCCUGGCGAGGCAGAGAGCGAGGCCGGUCCUGGCCGCCGCCCUCAGCAGAGGAGCCCGAAUGCGUGCCCGUGCCCUUGGCACUUGGUAGUGCAGAGUAGCUUGUUCUGGCAACAAACCUGUUUCCUCUGGGAAUUGAUGGGCUCAACACUCUUAACUCUCCGAGCGUCCUGGGUGCUUGGGUGCUGGGAUCGUAUUUUCCCUGUGUUUAGUCCUCUUUCUGAAAGUCUGAUGGCUUGUUGUGCUGCUCGAAGCAGCGCUUUGCACCGACUGUUGCUCUGUUAGCUGCUGGGGCCAGCGUCGCCACCUUUGAGCCCUGAACUGGGCCAAUGCUGGUCUGUAUAAGACCCCCAUUAUCUGUUGGGGGUCUGGGAGAUAGCACAGAGGGUUGGAGGUCUCUCCCCUAUAAAGGUCAGCGAGUAGGAAUGUGAGCCCUGCUGGAAGCACCCUCUCCCCCCACACACACACACCCAUUCAUUUUGGUUUUUGAUUUUUUUGGGCCCCACUUGGCAGUGCUAAAGCUUGUUCCUGACUACGCUCAGAUACGCUUCUGGCGGGAAGCGCCCACUUGUAACUUAGAGCCAUAUCCUUUUGCGUCUGCAGCCCAGCUUCUCUCUGACCUAGGGAACAUUAGAGUAUAUGGUUUGCCUUAAUGCCCAGAGGCUCUCCCUGAUCCCCUCUUGACUGACCCCCAUAACUGCUCACUACAGUUUUUUUGUUGGUGAAAAAUGGGUCAUGUUCACACAGUUCGUGCUUCAGAAUUAUUUUUGUUUUGUUGGUGCCCGGGAUAGAGCUCGGGGCCUCAUCCACGUGCAGCCUGCGUUCUUCCUUCCCACUGAGCUACAUUUCUGGCCCGUGAGCGCUUUGCUUCCCUGGUUUAUGGUCACUCGGCAGUCCUCGUUUCUCCUGUGUUUAGGCCCAGUCUAGGGACUUUGGGAUUUUCACCGUGUUGGGUCUCUGGUUCAUGCCAGUUUUCCUAAGGGACGGGGUGGGGGGGGCGUGUUCAAGAGAUUUUUUGUUUGAACUGGAAACUUAUUGCCUCUAUUUUCACGUUUUGAGUUGGAGACCCCAAAAUCCUAUUUUGCCAGGGACAUGGGGAGCCUAGCAGUUGCUGUGCCACUCGAUCUGAAACGGAGAGAGUGUUGCUCACACAGCAGGUCCUUUGGCAGCCCUGAGCCCGGCAUGCUGGUUCCAGUUUGGAGAGAAGGGAUAGUGUUGUGUGCCCCGUUUCCUUGGUUACUGGGCCACGUGUGUCUGGACGAUGAAUAACCCCAACGUGCAUCCAGAUUCGUGCUGGCUUGCCACUGCUCAUGGAGUUCUGCUCUCAGAGUGCUCGGAGCUGGGCUGGCCCUGCCCAGUGGGAGGAUUGAGCGCUUUUUUGUCGAGCUCUCCGUGCUCCAGCUCUUUGGUCUAUAUCAGUAUUUCCACCCAAAAACAGUUUUUGGCCCUGAGGCUCCAAGAGCAAAAGGAAGGUCUGAUCCCUGCCCUCAAGGAACAUUGUGGAGCAGACGGUUAAUCAGUCUAGCAAAAGCAAGGAAUGGAUACACAUCUCUGAUGUGGGGCCAGAGACAGUUGAUGUUUGGGCAAGUUUGUGGCCCUACGUUAGGAGGGUGACGUUGGGUUCAGUGGCAGGUUGGCACAAUGAUCUUGAAUAACCCGGGCCAGUUGGCUAGAGAAAGACCACAAGGACAGUGUUUCAUUCCAGAAAAUAAGACAAUGAAAGCUUAGUUAGAAUUGCUCUUACUAGGAGAAAACAAGUGAAUAGGGAUGAAAAAUCCCUGAUUGGGGUCCCUGUUUUAGGUUCUUUGCUAAAGUGUUCAGUAGCAUCGAUAGCCCUUGGGAUAGAGAGGGCUGUGGCAGAUACAUUUACAUGUUACUGUAACACGCGUCUUCAGAGUCGCUCUGACCGUUUCCCAGUUAUUCAAGCCUUUUGGAGUAAUGAACAUGAAACUGGCUUUAAGCCUGAAAUGGAGACACACUUUGGAGAGGUAACAGGUUUCUAAAGAGAAGGCUAGGGGUAUGUCUGGUAAUAUCUGGGCAGAUUUUCUGAGCAGUUUGUUUCAUUCAGCUGAAACACCUGUUUCUAAGCAGAGAUUUGUGUCUUUUCUGUGGAAACCUCUCCCCGAAAUAUAUGUACUCUGCAUUACCUGUAAGGAGACGUUCAGGGUGAGGUGCUGAGAUAAACUCUCCAGGGGCUUAACAAAGUUCCAAGUUCUAACUCUUGACAACAGGAAAAAAUCUUUUUCUCUGGAUGAUUGAGAAGCUUGCACAGUCUUUAGAAGUCAGGAUUCCUAGGAAGUAGAGUAACUUCUGGAAAGCUGAAGUGUGGAAGUUCUUUGGAUAGCUUCGUAAAAGCAGUUCUAGUGUCUUCUGGCCUGUGCUGGAAUUCUUGAAUUUUAAUCUACCUCAUCUUCUCUUUAAGUGUAGGUCUUUCAGCUUGUUGCCCUUUACAUCAUCUUGACCUUGGACUUUUCCCCGCCUAUUCAGUGAUUUUUUUUUCCCUAUUCAUAUUCUCUUGCCUUUUCAUCCUGAUCCUCAUUUUACUUAGUAUUACAUCGCAUUGUUUCUCUGCAGGAUAAAUGUUUGGAAGUAGUUCAGAAUCCUGCCGGUGCAUCUGAGAGAUAGGACCAGCAGGCAGGAGGGCUCUUGCUUUGCAUGCAGCCAACCUGGGGUUUGAGCCCUGCCGGGAAGAAGCCCUGACGCUGUGGGUGUGGCCCUAAAGCCAAAAAUGAAUCCUGGUUUUUUUUUUUUUGUUUUUUUGAGAAGUAACUGCCUCAUGCCAUUUGUCUCUGAGGUCGCAGGAGAAGGAAGGAGUUAAAAGUGGGAGGGGGCGGGGUCAGCCUGUACAGAGGGAGCUGACAGGCAAGAGCCAUUAAUUAAGAUAAUUUCAAAGUCAACUGAUUGUGAUCAUUAAUGUCACAAUAGAUCAAAACCUAAUUAUCACAGCCUAGGUAAGAGCCAUCAGUAUUAAUCGGAAAAUCUAAUAGGGAACUAUUAUCAAGAAAUUAGACCAAAUUGAAUGCAAUGAACUUUUUAUCUUGUCAUUCUCUCCUUUUUGUAUCUGCUGUCCCCUGGCGCUGGCCAGUGUGACCCUUAGAGUUGACCCAUCUGCCAGUGGCCAGUUUGUCGCAGACAGGGGGAUUCCAGGUGCAGAUUGACCACGGACUGUCAUUGCUGCUCUCUUCAGCCUUGAUUCAUCAUCCGGAUUUGCUCCUGUGAUCAGUGAGGAAAGGUUUAGAUUUCCGUCUAGAGUGCUCGUGCCCGGUGACGUUGCUGCACGCUCUAGGGCAUAGAUAGCUGAUAGGUAGGUGAUAGAUCGUCCUCUGCUCUUCUGUUCACGUGGGACCUUCCUCUAUGGACAUUGUUCGAGGAGAUCUGACGGCCCGUUGCUAAAUUUGUUUUUCCUCCCUAGUUUUAGUUUUUAAAUCUAAGAUAAGAACAUCGAAUUUUACCAGAGUCCAGGGUAAUUCCAAAGUGCCCAGGUGGCGAUGCUAUUUUUAGUUGUUUUGUCUCUUUUUCUUCUUUAAUUGUAGUGGAAGUAACCUUUUUUUUGGGGGGGAGGGUGGCAUCUUUUUUGCCUUCCUUUUGUGAUUUAUGUCUUGGAAGGAGCACCAAAAAAAAAAAUCCUGUGAGAGUCUCUGACAAUUACAACCCUUCGUCUCCGCUCUCUGAAGGAGAAUCUAGGGUUCACUAGUUAUACUUUCUGUUCUUUGCUUUGUUUGGCUUUUGGACACGCUCAGCGGUGCUUAGGAGCCAUUUCUGGUUCAGGGGACCGAGUGGCACCAGGGACUGGACGCGGGCCUCUGGCAUACAGAGCGGUCGCUCACCCCACUGAGCUAACUGUCUGGCCGGCUUGCAGUUCUGCUUCUGUUCUCAAGCUGCUUCGGAAGAUCUGUUCAUAGUGUUUGACGGACGUCAAAAGCUUGGAGAGAUUCUGGCCCUGGGCACUGUGGGGAGGUGGCAGAGCUGAGGGCGGGGUUGUCCGUAAAGAUGUCACUGCCGUCACCCUCUUCCUGCCACCUCCAGCCGGGGGUGCAGAGCGCUGUCCCGACCAGCACCAGCGGUGGCAGUCCUUUUUCUCCUGCGUCGCUUUGUUCUGGAUUUUUCAGAAUUUAGGUGACUCGGCACAGACAUGUUUGAGAAAUCAGUGUGACUUCGUCUUUCACCUUUGUAAGAAAGUGAAAUUUCAUUUUUCUUUCCUGGGGGUCACUGUGCCAGGGAUAAAACCAAGGGCCUCGUGUACAAGGCAUGCACUCUACCGUUGUACCUCACCUGCAGUUGGAAAUGAUGAUUUCUUUGCAAAAGAACAUGUGCUCUUAAUGUUAAAUUUGUAUUCUGUUUUUAAAAUACCCACCAACACCUGACUUUCAGAAGCGGUUCAUUUCUCUGAUGUUGUUCCUGUAUGUGCUAGAUAAAUAAAAGGCUCUUAUUAUACUUGUGGGUUGAUUGACUUCAUCUACUUAGCAGAGUGAGCUGUAUCUACCAACUGUCUAUUGCUCCCAAAUGCACAUUUUUGUUUGUUUUCAGGUCACAGCUCAGGGCUAACUCCUGGCGCUGUGCCCAGGGGUCACUCCUAGAAGAGUCUGGAGACCUUACGGGGUGCUAGGGAUCAAACCCUGGGGUACUGGGAUUGAACCCCAAGUCUGCCCCGUGCAAGGCAAGCUCUGUAGCCACUAUCCUGUCUCCCCAGACUCCUGGUUCCUUGUUUAUUGUUUUUCUGUUUGGUGGUGGUGGCGGUGCCAAGGAUUGAACCCUCACGCAGGCAAGGCAAGUGUCAAAUGUCCCCUUCCGAAGUAGAAUGCUCUAGGCCAUGGAACAAGAAUUAAGUGUGUUUGCCAGUCUCCCCAACUGUUUCAUAACGGCUGACCUUGGGCAAGUCACUCCUUUCAAUGCCUCAGUUCCCCAUCUGCCAAAUGGGGGUAAUAACCCUGACCUACCUACCUCACGGGGUGUUGUGAGGCAUUGUUAAUCGAAGUUGGUAGAAUACCACAGGCUCCUCAGCGGAGGAUGUCUUGAGCCUAAGUAUAGGCCUAACAGGCUUUCGUCCUCACUUAGUUGUUCCAAGGCUGGAACUACUCUGUGACCUUGGCAAGUUCUUUGCCCCCCACCCCUCCUCAAAGCUGCUAGUUCAGAUGUUGACAGUGUUUUCGUGAAUGUGUCGGAGUCUCCGUCGUGCAGACUUAGGAUGUUAUGGGGAAGGCACUUAGUAUUUUCUGUUUUGCAUCUACCAAGAGGCUAUUUCGGACCCAAGAACCUUGGACUAAGGAAUCACGUGGCAGCAAUGCAACUGCUUCUUUCCUUCUCUGCACAUAGGAAAGGAAGGUUCCAUUCCCUGGGGACAGACUUGGGCUGUCUUAGGAGCCAAACAAACCCAGUAAGUUUGAUUGCUAGGGCCGCUUAGCACGCCCCAAACUGGACUUAGGACAGCUGGGUAACGCUCAGAAGGCAGAAAGCAUGGUUCAGGAAGCAAUCAUAUCCUCUGUCCCCUACCCCCCCCCCCCAAAAAAAAAAAGCUACCUGAUGAAUUUCUUUUUCUAGAAACACAUUUGACUCUGAUUGGACAGUGAUCCUCCUGAAAGCUCCUUCCAGUUCACCACGUAGAGCAUAGAUGUUACCUCUUUCUCGGUGUCACAGUCUGAAUUUGACUUUGACCUUUUGUUCCUCCGGGUUUGGGAAGACUUCGGACACUCUUUCUGUUUGCUCCGGUGUGGGCUCAGGAGCUUUACUUUCCAUUCCAGUUCAGGGGUUCAGACAGCUCCUCUUAACCUAUAGGGCUCAUUCAUCUCCCUCUCCUUGGCCCCAGACUUGGAACCCGUAAAAAAGCACAAGGUCCUGGCCCCUUGCUGUGGUCACAUUCUGCUCCUCUGUCCACACAGCACCCGCUGCACCGGUGGGUUCUGUGGAACCCCGGAGAUGGAGAGAGCGUGGUCUACACUCCCCACCUCUCCUGCCCCGCCAAGUAGCCAGGACUUGACUCCCAGGGCCUGCUGGCCUUCCCGAGGGAUGGGACCUAGGAGACUUGAGAAGCUGGAUUUCGGCCCCUGGACCAUCCCGAGUUACGAAACAAAUCAUACCUGGUAGCUGGAUUUCUGAAAGGAAAAACGGGAUCUUCUCUAAUGGACCUUUUUUUGCUUUGUGCAGGAGUUUUGGUUGUGGCUUUUUGUUGUUCUAUUUCUGCCAAACAUGUCUGCUUUUAAUUUUUUUUAAGAUAAAUGAUAUAUGUAUAUAUAUGUAUAGGCAUAUACAUAUAUAUGUUUGAAUUUAAAUGUAAAUGUUUGAAAGUAGGCAAUUUAUGUAUUUCCACAACUGACGUCUGAUGCAGUCCUCACUCUCUCCCUUCUACCCUCUUUCCUCCUCUUUUCAUACUCUUGUAUUGGUUCUAAUAAAUGGUUGCUUUUCAAAUACGGA